GUCACCGGGACUUUGGUUAUAAAUAGAGGUGCAUGUAUCGUUUUAUUAGUAGUUUCAAGGCUACUCAGCAGUUAACACGCACUCAAUAUUUGAAAAUGACCAACGCAUUCACCACUAAAUCUGGAAAGCCACUUAAUAUCGGAACUGGUACUGGUACCAAGUGGCAAUGGGCCAAAAAAGGUCGUCCAGAAGAUGAACAAAAUGAAGUUCACCAGGAUCUUGUAGACCAAAUCCUGUUGGCUAUUAAGACUGGUUUCCGUCAUAUUGACACUGCCGAGACAUACACCACUCACCCAGAAGUUGCUGCUGCUGUCAAGGUUAGUGGUAUCCCACGUGAAGACUUGUGGAUCACCACAAAGUAUAUUCCUGGAUCAAAAGUUAUUGGAAGUACUGCUUCCAGUAAGGGUCCUAUCGAUACUAUCGACCAAGCUCUUACUACUUUAGACACUGAAUAUCUCGAUCUUUUCUUGCUUCACACUCCAUUCUUCGAUCCAGAGCUUUCCCAUGGUCUUACUAUCACUAGUGCUUGGAAGGAAGCUAUUCAAGCCAAGAAGGAUGGUAAGGUGAGACACAUUGGUGUUUCAAAUUUUGCCAUUCCUCAUUUGGAAGAAACUUACGAAGCUGCCGAGGGAAAUAAGGAAUAUUAUCCUGAGUUCAAUCAACUUGAAUUCCAUCCUUAUCUUCAAAACCAAUCCAAGGAUAUCAUCAAGUAUUGUCAAGAUAACAACAUUUUAGUUGAAGCCUUUGGUCCAUUGACUCCACUUUUCAGAAUCAAGGAAGGUGAAAAGGAAGUUACUGACCAUCCAUUGACCAAACUUUUACCUAAACUUUCAGAAAAGUAUGGUAAGACUGAUGCACAAAUCUUGUUGAGAUACACUCUUCAAAAGGGAAUUCUUCCAAUUACAACUUCUUCCAAGGAACAAAGAAUUAGAGAAAGUUUGGAAGCAUACGACUUUAAGUUGGAUGAAGAGGAUGUGAAACUUAUCGACGAUGAAGGUGCCACUUACAAGUUCAGAGGAUUUUUUGGAAAGAACUACGAACAAUAUGAAUAGAGACACACAAUUUAGUUAGAAAGUCAAUAGAUGA